AUGGAAUCAGUUAGCCGGUCCGACGGCCGCGGACUCUCAAUAAGAAAUUCUCAUAUUCUUAAGCAAUUCAAUCAACAAUCAAUCACCAGGAAUCCGAUUUUCUGCACCAUUACCCUUCUUUUCUUUCUCUUUACACUACAAACAGAAGCUCACCUUUGUCGAAUUGAUGACUGCUCAGCGUUUUACUCGCGAACUUGUGACUAUGAAGGAGUCCAACCCGAAUCAACUCAUCGAUAUUGUGAGAUCCUUUCCACUUAUCGCAAUUGUAUCAAUGAAACGAAACGAUUCUGUCACAGUAAUCUCAAGUUUCAUUAUGUUGAAUUUCAUCUAAAAAAGCAGUGGAAAAACUUUCUUUGUGAGAAGACGCUAGAAGAAUCGCGAAACUCUGACAAUCGCUGUGAACUAGCCGAGCCAUCACAUCUGCGAGCCAUUCGUUACUGUACUCUUUUCGGUGGGGCUCAUUUGCGAAAGUUUAACGGAGAAGCGCAAACGAUGAGGGAAAUUGGAGCGAGGCCCUUCGCUGAUAAUCGAUAUUUCCUUGUUCAAGUCACUACAUCGCAUUCAUCAAGCGCUGAUGGGCUACUUGCAGUGCUCACUCGGAUCUCGGUGAUUGUAAAAGCACACAAUUGUACAAAUGGCGUAAAGCUUACUUACGAAGCUGCAACCGAUAUGGAAGCAUUGCCAAAAUGGUUUGUCGAUGGAUCGAGUGUCUAUUCCGCGAAUCAUAAGAGGAAAGCCAUUGAGGUGCACGAACAGGACAAAAACUCGGUGGUGAUCUAUCUUCGGCAUUGCGAUUCGUCGAUUCACAUUCGACGUCAUGGACCGAGGCUAUCGGUUUCUGUGAGAGCUCCAGAGAAUGUGAUUACUAAACAGCCACACUUCGAGAGUCAACUUUGCAUCACCGGUUCAUCUCGUGUUUUCCCGUUAGCCGAAGCUUUAACCGAUCCGAUUGCUUUCUCUCGUUGCCACGCAAUUCGUGAACACGUUCCAUUGAAAUUGGCUGCAAAUCGUUGUGCAAAUUCGAAUCUUACUGAUCAAUUCUUUGAUUCCUGCACUUUUGAUCUCUCGAUAACAGGUGAUGAGUACCUGGUGGCUUCGGCGAUCGACGCUCAAUCCGAUAUUCGUUUCCUUUUCCCUCAUUAUCAGUAUGUGGAACGAGGCAGAAUGAUUCUUCCAGAAAAACCGCAAGAGAUCCCAUUUUUGUGGAAUGAUUGUGUCCGGUACUUUGUUGCUCGCUUAAAUGCAGCCUUUUCUGGCAUCCUCAUGGAAGCAGAAGCAGCU